AUGACUUCUUCACGACCUCUCCAGCCACUUGCAAGUUAUGCUGAGGAUCCUCACUCUGGUCCGGACAACAAUCCGUUAUCCACCCUGAAUCUUACAAUUCUGAAAAGUCUCUCAGACAAGAAAACGAGAGAUGGUCAACCACCGAAGAAACGAGGCCCCAAGCCGGACAGCAAGCCAGCACUUACACGACGUCAAGAGCUAAACAGACAGGCACAACGAACACAUCGCGAACGAAAAGAGCUAUACAUCAAAGCUCUCGAAGAUGAGGUCCUGCGGCUCAAAGAAAUCUUCAGCAACAUUGCACAAGAUAAGGAGCGUCUCGCCGAAGAGAACCGGCGGCUAAAGGCUAAGCUAGCUCAGAACGACGCAGCCGGUGAUCCGAUUGCCGCCGACACAAACUUCUUUGACCAAAUGGUUAGCAGUCCAAGCGGUCCUAGUCUUGGAUACACUUCCAGCCCUAGCAUGGUGGGAAGUGGAAGCUACCUACCAGGGGCACCGUCCAGCCAAACGACUUUCCCAUCACCACCACCGUCAACGACGGCGACUUCGCCGGUUUACCGCCCACCCCCCGGAGGACCGAGGGACUUCAACACCAUCUUGGGAGAUGGUGGAGGUGUUCUGGCACCAAAGAGGAAUCCAGAUUUGGAUUAUGAUCAAGCGGGUAUUGAUUUUGUGUUAACUCUCGAACGCCCAUGCAUGGAACACAUGACAUGGCUGUUGGAACGAGGUGCCGGCACCGAAGACAGGGCGCAACGAGAGCCUUGCGGCCAUGCGCUCAUGGCAUCCUGCCCUCCCGAGCCCUUCUCCAAACUCUCGCCAGAAAGCCCUUUCGGGUAUACCAACACCAUCCCGAACUUGGCCAUCGGUGGGGAUAUCGCGGCGACCUCCAACAUCACCGGGCAGCACGUCCACGCCCACGUCCACGGUCAUCCCCCGAUGCCUACUAGCAUCAGCGGUAGUGGUCAGCGUACCUGGGAACUCAGCAAAGCCGACUUGGCUACGUUGCUCGACCUCAGCAAGCGGCUGGACCUCGACGGGGAGAUCACGCCUGUCAUGGCUUGGGGCAUGGUCCUCGCUCAUCCGCGGCUUGCGGAGUUGCAGCUCGAGGACUUUGCGCGGUUAACCGAGGAGUUGGGGCGGAAAGUUCGGUGUUACGGGUUUGGUGCUGUAAUGGAGGAGUUUGAGGUUAGGGAUGCGCUAGAGAACGUGUUUUCGACGAAGCCGGAGGGAGGAGUGUUUGAGGAUUUUUGA